GCUUAAAUAUGGAAGAAAUUCAAUCCACAAUUAACGAAAAAGUAGCGCUAAUUGAAAAUUUCAUUGUUUUAAGUUUACGGCGUGAAAAAGUCCACGAUGGAGCUAACAAACUUCUAAAAGAAGCAAGAGCAUUGCAGGAACUUAUGGACAAAGUGGAAAAGGCGGUUAAAAAAGAUCUAAGCAAAAUAGAUGAAGACCAUAGGCGUUUAAUAACAAGAAUGCAAAAGCAACAAUCCGCUAUUUUGCAGUACAUCUUAUUGGAGCGACAACGUAAAUUUGAGGAAGCUACGACGAGGGAACGAGAGGUUCAUGCGGCUUUCAAUUCUUCGAACGUGCCUCGAACCGCUGAAAAAAUGCCUGUUUCUGCUUUGGAAAAAUGCAUGGAUCGGCUUAAUGUGCACUCCACUGUAACCCCUAAACUUACACUCAGCAGUUAUAAAGAAUCACCACUUGUGAAGCAAAGGCAGAUUAAUCCUAUACCUUUCACUUUCCUCGAUUUUGAAUACCACAUAACAUCGGAACAAUUUGAGUCGAUACCAAAAUACAUGCGCGGUCGCGAAUCUGUUGAUGAGCUUCGUGGUUUUCUAGCUAAUGUAGUAGUUCCUAGCUUUAAUAAAAAGUAUCAAUUAAUUCAUCGUCAACGGAGUACAGUACGCAAUCGUCAUGAUUUGGAGCUGUGGAAAGUCUAUAAUCAACAGGCUUCCUAUGUGCCAGGUCGCAAUUUCAUCACGCCAGGCGACAUUUCACAACAAAUGAAUAAGAUGCUGGAUAAAAAGCAACAGAAUCGUAUUGUCAUGCUGCGGCAUUUAGGUGUGCUUCAGGAACAGCGAGUCGGUCAGACUGUGUGCUAUAUAUGGAAUGCUGACUCUCGCUGAGUGCAUUAGUGUAGUGUCAAAUUGAAUAGUUAAUAGAGGCAAUUGUAUGUACAUUUGUUACCUUCAUUUCUUUACUACGUAGGUGCAUACUUAUCUUCCGAAUAGUAAUGUCAAACACAAUGCAUAAAUGUAAAAUAAAUAAUUUCUUAUAUAAAACUAUAAA